UUUCAAUGCACCAAACGUGAAAGAAAUAUAAAAUGCUUGUUGAAAGCUAGUGGGACUGCGUGCCUAUUUAAAAGAAAAACACACGGGACAGCCCACAGUUUUGUCUAAGCUCAGAACAUUAUAUGUAUUAGGUGUACGUUUAGGCCAUCUGGGUGGUGACAGAUUCGGCCCUUGGUACCUAGCAGGCUCUUAGAUCGCACUCUUCUUUCGUAUAAUUCCUAUAACUAUACCAGCUGGUGAGACAUGGCAUCCUUAACUCUUUCUAAGGCAGCCCUUUUUAAUGUGACUUGUGCUGGAGCUGCUCCCAGAACAAGGAUUGACUUACCCCAGAAGAAUUUUGCUGGUUUGAAAACAUCCACAGCUAUUCCUAAGGCCUUUGGUUUGAAGACAGGCCUGAGUCCGUUCGCUGCAAGGUACAAGGUGAAGCUGAUCAUGCCUGAUGGUAAUGAAGCAGAGUUUGAUGCACCUGAUGAUGUCUACAUUUUGGACUCUGCUGAAGCAGCUGGUCUGGAACUUCCAUACUCUUGUCGUGCUGGUGCAUGUUCUACAUGUGCAGGAAAAAUUGAAAAGGGAUCCGUAGAUCAGUCUGAUCAAUCAUUCCUUGAUGAUGGACAAAUGGAAUCUGGUUAUUUAUUAACUUGUGUGUCAUAUCCUACCUCAGACUGUGUUAUUCACACACACAAGGAAGGCGAGCUAUAUUGAAGAUGAUGUAGCUAGCAAAUUCUGUGAGAAAUAAUAUUCUGCUGGACUGAAAGUCGAACAGAGUUGUUUAUGCAACUUAAUUUUCAUAUUAAGUAGGCAGGAAAAGAUAGCAUGCCAGAUCUAUGGUUUAGUUCUGGUUAUCUGGAGUUAUUGGCUAGGAUGCUUUGCAAUAGCAGUUGUUUUGUCUUGAUGUUAGAUUCAUAUAUACAUGGAAUUCAUGUGCUAAACAUUUUAAGCAGUCAAGGGCUUUGCCAUUGUUCUUU